AUGGGAUCACACGCCUGCUGCGCAACGUCGUCUUCGAGCUGUUCAAGACCACCCUCUUCCCCCACCCGCCGAUGUGAAUCUCCCUCCUACCUCCGAUCUAACCCCACCGCCGGCGAGUUUUUCUCAGAACAAGGGUAUAGUGUUGUACUCCCAGAGAAGUUACAAACUGGAAAGUGGAACGUUUACAGAUCUAUGCGAUCUCCUCUGCAGCUAGUGAGCAAGUUUCCUAAUCAUCCUGAAAUUGGUACCCUGCAUGACAAUUUCGUGCGCUCAGUUGACACCUUUCGAGACUACAAAUAUCUGGGAACACGUGUCCGCGUUGAUGGAACUGUUGGGGAGUACAAAUGGAUGACUUAUGGAGAAGCAGGUACAGCCCGGUCAGCAAUAGGUUCUGGUUUGAUUUAUUAUGGAGUCGCAAAGGGUUCCAGUAUUGGAUUGUAUUUUAUUAAUAGACCGGAGUGGCUCAUUCUUGAUCAUGCCUGCUCUGCAUACUCAUUUAUAUCAGUACCUCUGUAUGAUACUCUUGGUCCCGAUGCUGUCAAGUAUAUUGUUAGUCAUGCUGUCGUGCAAGUUAUAUUUUGUGUACCUGAAACAUUAAAUGUAGUAAGUAUAUGUGAGAUUUUUCAUAAUGUUGCAUAUCCCUUCUGUUCCUUCGUAAUGAAUAUUGUAGAAUCACGAGUACCCAUUUUGGUAACUUGGUGUAAUGAUGGAUUUCCCCAUGCAAAUACUCUGCAUUGGGUAUACUUUCCAUGGCUUCUGGAAAAUGUGUGUAAUUAAGCUAAUCCAACACACACUAGGGUGAUUAAAUUCUGUAGAUCAUUCAGUUACGCUAAAACAAAGGGUUAAGGA